AUGUGGAGGUGUCCAGCCACCAUACACGGUCUCAAGCUACCCCAACUCCUUCGAGUCCACCAGGUCCCCCGGGUGUUCUGGGAAGAUUGCAUCAUGUCUGGCUACCGCAGUCCCACCAGCCUGGCCUUGGACUGUGUCCUCAGCUCCUUCCAGACGACCAACGAGACUGUCAACAUCUGGACUCGCUUUCUGCCCACCUGGUGGGCCCUACUGGUGCUUGCGGGGGGGGGGGGGGGGACGGGCUUCCGGGCGGAGCCCUACCGCCGGCCGCUGCGCGUCUUCCUGCUGCCCGCCUGUCUGUACCCUUUCGCCUCGUGCUGUGUGCACACCUUCAGUUCCAUGUCGCCCCGCGCGAGGCACAUCUGCUACUUCCUGGACUAUGGCGCCCUCAGCCUCUACAGCCUGGGCUGCACCUUCCCCUAUGCCGCCUACUGCAUGCCGGCCUCCAGGCUGCACAGCCGCCUGCACUGGCUCUUUGUGCCUGCCGCCGCACUCAAUUCCUUCCUGUGCACCAGCCUCUCCUGCUACUCCAGGUUCCCUGAGCUGGAAAGCCCUGUGCUUAGUAAGAUCCUCCGUACAGGAGCCUUUGCCUACCCCUUUCUGUUUGACAACCUCCCACUCUUCUAUCAGCUGGGACUGUGCUGGGACAGGGGCCACAGCUGUGGGCAGGAGGCGCUGAGCACCAGCCAUGGCUACCACCUCUUGUGCGCCCUGCUCACUGGUUUUCUCUUCACCUUUCACCUGCCUGAGCGGCUGGCGCCAGGGCGCUUUGACUAUGUCGGCCACAGCCAUCAGCUGUUCCACAUCUGUGCAGUGCUGGGCACCCACUUCCAGCUGGAGGUGGUGCUGGCUGAUAUGGGAUCUCGCCAAGCCUGGCUGGCCACGCAGGACCCCCACCUGAGCCUUCAUGGCUUAGCAGUGGCUGGGAACCUGCUCAUCAUUGCUGCCUUCACAGCUUCCCUAUUCCGGUCCCCCAGUGCUUGCCCCCUGCUGCAGGGUGCCACUGAGGGGGAUACGAAUGCCAAACAGCAGUGAGUGAGGCCUCAUUGCUGAGCCUGUCCCUGGAAGGAGGCAAAGGCCAGGCCUUGGUGUUGGGGAGUAGCCCAGACCCAGAGCUGAAAAAGUGAGAGCACAUCGGAGCCUGGAACCGAGAGGGACUGAGGGGAGAGUGCAGCUGAUAAAAGGCAGAGAAGGGGGAGGAGCUGGAGGGGCUGGUAGAAAGCAGGGCGUCCGUGGGGGUGCUCUUGAUGGGGCUUGAGGAAGUGCUGAGGGUCUGAGAGUAGGGGUGACUUUGUCCAAGCUGGAGAGCCCCCAACCCAGCAGAGGCUGAGAUGGCAGGGGGCCCUUUCAUCUAGUCCUAUUUCUGGUGCUCCUGGAAGUCUUUGCCCAGUCCAAGGAAGAACCAACAUGACCAGCCUAGGCCUACCCCGAACGCUCGUCAGCCAGGCCAGGAGGCCCACUACUACCCCUGCUCCCAAACCAGGCAGUGCCUUCUGCUCUCCUUGCCUGUAGCAAUGAGUCUCUCCUGGCCACAGUCACGUACUCGAGGUGUCCAGGCCUUUGGGGCCUGGGUCUAUUUGGGUGCGUCAUGGAUGGUGCAGUUGGCUAGGGUGAGGGGAGGAUGCUGGGUCAGAGGGGAACCCCAGUUAGACUUUAGAAAGCCACUUCAAUGCUUCUGAGGCAGGUACAAAUAAAAAAAAUCAGACUUUGGAAAGCACUUUUUGGGACUCACCACACCACAUUGUGUCAGUAAACCUCCACCCCCCAACUCCAUAGAUGGACAGAGUCAGAACCCACCAAUUCCUCUUCU